GUACCUACCAAUGACUAAAUAUAAAUUUAUCAUUGGUACCUACUUAGUUUACGGCAUAGAGUAAAGUAAUAUAGAUGAAAGUUUACGGUCUAUGUUAGGCAGUGCUCUAUGUACUGGAAUUUUAUAUUAUACAUUUGAGUAUUUCAAUGCCUGUGGUUUUUUAGUAACUUUUUUAUGCGGUAUUAUUAUUACAUACAGUAGCGAAAACACCCAUAGAUAAAGUGGUUCAUCCAUCAUAUAAAGAAGUAGAAUUUAUGUACAUUUUGCAAGUUUAUGCAUUUUGCGUAAUAUCAGCUAGUGUGCCCCUACUCUGCUUGCAAAUAUCACAAUAUUAGAGUGCAUAUUGCAUUGAAUAGAAAUACGUAAAGUGAAAAAAUUGGCGGGAUUUUAAGUGUUCUUUUUUUAAAAUGUAUUCGAGAAGCUCCUUUAGUGGUGUCAUAGAAGAUAUUCCAGAUAUUUUCGUGGAUAAUUUCAUGGAUACGAAUAAAAAAGCUUAUUUCUUAAGUCAUUGUCACACCGAUCACACAGAAGGCCUGUAUAGAUUCAAAUUGGUUAACGAUAUGGCCAGGAAUGGCGCCAAAAUAUAUAUGACUGAAGAGUCCAUGAAAAUUGUUAUAUAUGAAGCAGAGAAAAGAGAAAUUAUGAAAUUGGCGAUUCUAUACAAUCUUUGAAACUCGGCACCACAACAGUAACAGUGGGCGAUCAGCACAUUGAAGUGACCUUAAUCCCCGCAGGUCACUGCAUUGGCUCAGUCAUGUUCCUAUUCAGAAUACCAAACAAGACCAUUCUAUACACUGGAGACUUUAGAAUCCGCCAAAAUGACGUUCACAAAUACUUACAACUUCACAAGAAGGGGGAUCCGAUUAAAAUUGAUGUGAUGUACGUCGACACUACAUUUAUAGACCAUGACCAUCCUGAAUUUGCUAAAAGAAGCGACAGUGUUGAAGAAAUGUUGGAGAAUAUUGAUGUAUGGUUGAAAGAGGAUGAGUAUAACAGAGUAGCAAUCCAUACUUCAGCGGAAUAUGGUUAUGAAUUUGUGUUCAAUAAAAUUUACAAGCGUUUGGGGGAGAAAGUGGCUGUUGAUGGGGGUAUAUGGCAGUUGUAUAAGUGUUUCCCAGAUCUACUCCCAGCCUUGAAAAACGAUGACAAUGAUCCAAAAAUACAUCUAUGUAGACGGAUAUGGGAUAAAAAUGAUUGUAAACAUAACAAUAACAUACAAAACAGAUACCUAUCGGUGUUUUUCUCAGCAAGAUCUUGGAAGAAUUAUGACGAAGAGACAAAAUCCUGCGAGAUUUCUGGCCCAGACGUGAUCAAAGUAUUGUACGCAACGCAUUGUAGUAGAAGUGAAUUGCUGUACUUCGUAAAUUAUUUGGAUCCAGUGAAGAUCAUUGGAUUUCCGAAUCCCUAUGUUCCUAGAAUCAAGGAAACCAAUUAUAAGGACAGCUUUACUCCUUCACCGAAGAAGAAGAAGUUAGAGGCAGCAGAAGAAGUGACGGUGAAGAGAAAAGUUGACAGAAAACUGUUAGAAGAAAUGUUUGGGGUUUGAUUAGUCUUUGACCAUGUCAUACUCUUAAUGAAAUAAUGACCUAUUUCAAAAUUGCCAAUUUGUGAGAAUCGUCAAACAACCAAUUUCUGUUUGCGACCUUUUAGUUUUUUCCCUUUUUUUCAUGCGGUUUCAUUUUUACCUAUCUUUAAUAAGCUCAAUUUUAUAGCAACUUAAAAAAAAGGUAGCAAACAAAAAUUAGUUUUCCGACGACUGCCACAAAUUAUCAAUUUUGGAAUAGGUCAUUAUUUUAUUAAGAGUGCGAUGUAGAUACCACGCUAAGUGCUUCUUGCUGUGAAGAAAAAAUGUGUUAAUGUUACUAAUAAGUAGUCCAUUUCAUGCACGCACACAACUAAAUCUUAAACAUAGUUUAUGUAUGACUGCCUUGGUGGCAUAGUUUUAAUUGUACAAGGUAUGUUUACCACGCUGAGGUCCUGGGUUCGAGUCCCGGAUUAGUUCAAAAUAAUAGUGACUGGGUUUAAAUUCCAUUUUAGAAAUUACUCAGUCGCAGUUCGGAAUAAGUUGGUGUGAUAUCUCUGUGUCACGUAAAGCCGUUGGUCCUGAUCUCUCCAGUCAUGUCGUCUCACCGGACUAUGAGAAGGAACAGAGAGUGCUUGUGUAUUGCACACGCUUAUACACUAUAAUAUUUCCUGGCUGGUCUCCGUUGAGAUUGGCCGCCAAAGAAAUUCGGCUAUGAUUGAUUAAUUCAUACACGCUAUGACAGUUUUUAUUGUGUAUCAUCAUUCGAUCAGCAUUUGAUUUUAUUCUUUGGCAUAAAGAUCAUACUAGUCGCGCCUUUUUAUUAUCUACCCGUCAUUUUGAAUAAACGAUUCCAAUAGUCAAGUGCGUCGCCAGCUGAUGGCCGGGGGGAGUGGGGGGGGGGGGGGAAGUUUGUAUGAAGAAUGAGAAAAGUAUGAAUUGUAGGUAAAGUCGAGAGCACGUGUUCCUCCACCACUACCGCUUUAACAAUGACAGAGGAGAGCGUAAUUGAGCGUACGGAAUAUUAGGAAUGGAAUUGGUGAAUUCAAUGGAGUUUCGAUGUACGGGAAUGAUCGAUCAAGCAAGUCGAGUUAAAGACUUAGGACUUUGGUUGCUUUUCUUUUGUGCGACUUUUUUAGAAUCUCUAGGGAGGGGGGGCACCUGCAUAUCCGUGACCCCCCACCCCCAUCCUUGGCGAUGCCCGUGCCCUUUCGAUAUUUAAAAAACGCUCCAAUCACAGCAGUGUUUUUUGACAUUACAAAUGAGUUAUUUUGAUUGGUUCGUUCAGAAUACGGAUUGAAGAUUGACAUUGGGAUCGGUUAUUGAAUACGGUUAAAUGUAAUUUGAAAACAUAUUUUAUAUUUUUAAUGUAUUUUUUAUAUCAAGUUUGUGUAUGCUUUUUUAUUAUAAAAUUAUAUUUUGUCAUACCCAAGGGUGCAAUCACAAAAAUAUGUGAUUUUUUGAAUUUCAACUAAGUUUAAUUGAAACUUGAUUAUAUAAAAUGAAUUAUUUUUCACUUAUUUUAAGUGAUAAAAUUAUGUUUAAUUUUAUAUAUUUUUAUGUUUAAAUACAUCACAAAACGCUCUCAAAUUAGCAUUUAAAAUAGACGCUAUUAUAAACAGAAUAUCUUAAGUCGUAUCAUACGGAUUUUUACAGAUUUUGUUUAUUAAACGCUAACUUGGCUGAGAACAAGCACUUAAAUUACCACUUAAGCUUCGUUUAUUACAGUUCAAUAAAUUAUUGUCUACUUGAGAUCCUACUCAAACAUGAGAUUGAUUUAUUAAUACGACACUAAGUUUAGUAUAUUAGGACAUAAAAACAUUCUAAAUGGACAUAAGAAUGAAUUGGAAAAUGAAAUUGUGAUUCGGUCUGUGAUAAUACUAAAGACUGGUUGAAAUAAUGUGCUUAUUUACGCAAUUUUCGUUCAGCAGAGAUAAGAACAAAAUAUCUAGUUAAUUAUUCUAUUCCCCUAAUUCAUAGACGUUAUUUAUCUAAGGACGGAGCAUUGCUGUGAUAACAAGUCUGUUUCUCAGCUUUGUUUAUCUGACAGCUAACUAGAUUCAAGUUGUAUCUCAAUAUUAGUCAAUCACAACGCCCCUAUGUCUACGCACUGCGAAGGCUGCCAUGCCGUCAGCACUAAGAAACAAACUUGCUGUCAUAGCGAUGCUCCGUAUGUUUAGUUGUUUUUGUAGGCGAUUUAAUUUUUAUUAGACAAGAUACGAUGGAAUUGGUUUCAUUCAUGAAACAUUUCAAGAAAUGUAUCUAUUUUAUAUUAUAAAAAUAUAUGCAAUUAUCCAUAAAUA